AUGUCUUAUUCCAGACCACCUGCUCCUCCGCCAGUUCGUAUCCCUUCAAUUACAAUCGAGCAACAAGCUCUACAGCAACAAUAUGAUCUUUAUGAGAGACCUCCACCAUACUCAGAAGUAGACGUCAAUGCAAGACCUCCUCCACUACCGACAAGACCAUCAGCUUUGAGUUUAAACGUCAAUGAUGACUAUCUUAUGAUCCCACCCCCUGUACAUCCGAGAAGAAGUAAUAGUGCUUCAUCAUCACAUAACCUGACUGCUACUACUCCACCUCCCUUACAUCCAAGAAGAAGCAGUAGUGUUUCUUUAUCGCAUAAUUUGAAUGCUGUUAAUGAUCUUCCUCCUCCUCCUUUGCCCUCGAGACCACCUCGGUUACCUCCAAGAUCAAGAUCACCUUCCAUAUCAUCUAGACGAGCUAGUGUCUCUUCAUCAUUGGAACCUUUACAACAUACUGCUACAGAAACUGCGUGUCAAGCUUCAAGUAGUUUUCCUCUCUUUGAUGAAUCCACCAAUAUACUAGAUUUCUCCUUAUCCACUAGUCCACCAUCUGACAUAUUCCCAAGAAAAAUGCAUGAAUUACCAUUACCCAACAAUAUAAACAAUAAUAAUAUGUCCAUACCAACUAAUAAGUUUUACGGUAAUUUCCUUUUAGGAGAACAAUCAAAUCCAACAUGGACGCACCCAUAUUCAUUAUGGUAUGAUAGAGAUACACCGGGGAUAGCCAUAUCACACAUUCUGGCCGCUCAAAGAGUAUUCUCCACUGAGACACCACCACAAUUCUAUUUCUGUCCCACAAACAUAAGAGCCUUUGUCUUCACUGCUAGAGAACUUCAUGACGAUGGCAUGUCAAUUCCAUCUUUAGGUUUUGCUGAUUGUAAGCACAUGUCGUUACAAUUACAAUUAAAAAAAAAUGAUAAUCAGUUCAUUUGGUGUCCACUCGUGCAGGGAAUGGGGUUUAUAACAAUGAUUUAUUAUAAUUUGACACCUCAAUUAUAUUCUGCUAUCGGAUUCAAAUCAUUGUCUCUAGUUCAGACUAGGGAGAACACCAUUAAGUAUCAAGCUAUAUUGGAAGAUAAUAGAGUUUGGUCACUUUACAUCAUUUUACCAUCUGCUCAAGAUGGACAAUCCAUGAGUCUAUCAUUAAGGGAUAUGAACACAGUUGUCUCUGACACAUGCAUUAAUGGAACUAUCAUACAAUUGGUCCCAUUAGAUGACCCCGUACUGGAUGAUGCAGUAGGAUGUUAUCCAACUGAUUGUACAGUAUCAGCAUUUAUCUCAAACACAAACGAUCAAGAAGCAAAUUAUAGAUUAUCGUAUAUUACACAAGGUCAAUCCCGGUCGGGUUCCACGUUACUAUUCGCAUUACCUCAUCAUAUCGAGACCUUCACGAGUAAGACAAUGGAAAGAGAAACACAAUUAACAUUGGAUUCCACUGUGAUGGGCGUUAUGCGAGGAUUUAUCACUAAUGAAUUUGAUAUGAUUAUCACUGUACCACCAUCGAAUUUACAAUUUGACCCAUGGACUACUGUACCUAAUAGACAACAUCCCAAAUACUCUUCAGCGACAAUUCAAGCAAUUACUCGAGCCGCCAUGAUAGAAUCUGAACAAAACGUACUGGAGGAAUCCAAUUUAGAUUCAAUGUAUUUUUCAGGAAAAUCGUUGGCUAAAUAUGCAUGGAUCUUAUAUUGUUGCCAUUUCAUCAUCCACAAUAAUGAUCUGACUACUAAUUUACUGAUAAACUUAAAACAGGCAAUGCAGAGAUUCAUAGAUAAUAAACAAAAACUACCCUUGAAUUAUGAUACAACAUGGCAUGGGUUAAUAUCUUCAGGAACCAGUUCUCAAGACUUUGGUAAUUCGUUUUAUAAUGACCAUCAUUUCCAUUAUUCUUAUCAUGUUAUUACUGCGGCCAUCAUAGCUAAAGUAGACCAAGACAUUAACCCCAAUGAUGAAUCGUGGUUAAGUUCCAAUAAAGAAUGGGUAGAAACCUUGAUUAGAGAUUAUGCUAAUCCUUCCGAAAAGGACCCUUAUUUCCCACAGUUUAGAUCGUUUGACUGGUUUAAUGGACAUUCUUGGGCAAAAGGUUUAUUUGAAAGCGGAGAUGGUAAAGAUGAAGAAUCUAGUUCUGAGGAUGUUAAUGCCUCAUAUGCUUUGAAAUUAUGGGGUCAAGUUACUAAGAAUUCACAACUGGAGAAACUAGGAGAAAUUCAAUUAGGAAUAUUAAGAACAUCAUUGAACCAUUACUUCUUAUAUCAAGAUAACAAUACUACUGAACCCAAAGAGUUUAUUUCGAACAAAGUCAGUGGAAUCCUUUUUGAAAAUAAAAUUGAUCAUACGACAUAUUUUGGUAAUCAAUUGCAAUAUAUCCAAAUGAUUCAUGCCAUUCCAAUUACACCUGCAUCAUCGUUUAUAAGAUCUCCACAAUUUGUCAAGGAAGAAUGGGAACAAAAGUUAUUAGCACUUGUAGGUGAUAUCGAAGAUGGCUGGAAAGGAAUAAUUAUGUUGAAUGUCGCACUAUUUGAUCCUUUAAUUUCAUAUUCAUUCUUUAGCGAUGCAAAUUUUAAACCAACUUUCUUGGAUGGUGGGCAAAGUUUAACUUGGUCUUUAACAUAUUCAGGUGCAUUUAUUGAUGACUAA